AUGCCGAAUGAGACCUACAUCGCCCAAGGCAUAGAGGUUGAGACUGCCUUUCCAUAUGAUCGCUCCGGGAAGUACUUCUACUUCCCAGCGCAGGAGUGGGAGGAGAAGACAGGGCGAGAUCUGUCACCCCAUGGCACGACACAAUCCAUCAGCCAGUUUCGGAACAUGUUCCCAGUCUGGUCGGGCAUUGUGAGGGUCUGGAAGAACAUGCUGGGUGUUCAUGGCCGUCGCGAGUUCGGCGCCAAGCCAGAUCAGUGGCAUCGCGGAGAUAUCAUCAAGGUUGGCAUUAUGUGCCCUCCUGGAUUCUCAUUGAUUCCCCAUGAUCUGGAUGGUCCAGAUGCCAUGCAUUUUGAGACGACUUCGCUUCAAGGCUGCGCGGAGAAGUGCCAGGAGCAGGUGAAGUGUACUUCUUUCGAGUUCUCCCACUCGGAGGCGCUUUGCAGCACUUUCUCCCUGGGCCUGGAGAAUCUGCGGACGUUCAGUGGCCGCCCAAAUGAGUGGAUCUCCUGCACACGGGCGGACCUCAUGGGUGCAGAGGCCGACGUGACCCUGGAUGCCUUGAAGCCGACUACGACAGUCACCACAGAUCCAUUCGCAUGGAAGACGUCCAAGGGUUCCUGCAUCUCUGCGGGCAAGGGAAAGAUCAGCUCAGGCGUGGUGAACGUGGGCAACAUGUCCUCAAAGGAUUGCCACGAAGCUUGCAGAAACCAGCUCCGAUGCACUGCCUUUCAAAUGGCUUUCACUGAACCUGGAGUCGGCAUCUGCUCUCUUCAUACGUCUGUCUUGGUCACAGGAGGCUCUGGCCUGGAUGGUGGUCUCUGCAGCGUGAAGCCCACGCUGGUGAGCUGUGGGGAGUACAACAGCGAAGACUGUGCAGAAAGCUACGCCGUGGCGGACUACCACAAGUCCAUGCUGGGCUUCUGUCAGACCCUGGCCUCCGCGGGAGUCACCAUGGUUUCCGGUGUGUCGAGAGUCGAGAGUGCAUGUUUCGGCAGAGCCUCGAUGGAUGCGUGGUGUGGCCUCGUGAGUCUCAGCCCAGGAAGUGCGUCACCAGCGAGGGAGAUUCCUUACUUCGUGACAGGCUUGCGUCCACUUCGGUUGCACUUUUCCGACUUUCUAUGUCUCCAAGAGUCGCUCAACUUUACGGGCACUUGGGGGCAUUUUCGACGCAUGUUCAAGAUGGAGCAUAGUGAGAGUGUUGUACCGCAUCAAAACGAGACAAGACUCGCGAUUCGCGAGCAGGUGCCAGCUCUGCUGCGAGAAGUGCCCUUUCAGCCAGGAUACCAGCAUCCCAGGCGGCACACCCAGCAGGGUAGAACGAGAAUCCACACUGUGAAGUCUUGGCGCUCACUGCUGCGUCUCUGCGGAGGCCCACUUCUCGGUGAGGGCAAGACGGGUCUCGUCUGCACCUUGUCUUAG